UGUCAUUGAAUCUAUAAGUCUCUUGCCAUUCUUCCAAUGUAAGAAUGAGUUAAGAGUAGAGUUAGGAUAGGGGAACAACAGAACUAUGACCCCCCUAUCACAUCCAUUUCCAGUGCUGGAACUAUGUGGCCUGAAAAUAGUAGCUCCAACCGCAUUGGCAUUGGCAGACUGUGGGAUAUGAGCCAAAUCCUGGAUACCAUUUCCCUACUGCCUUGCAGGCAUGAUAUAAUUUUCCAUCCAAACCAUGAGCAAUUUCAGCGUAAUUCCUUGAUCCACCACUGUGCCUGUUCCUCUUUUUUUUCUUCCUUUCUUUCUCCCUUUUCCUCCCUCCCUCCUUUCCUUCUUUCUUUCUUUUGACAAGGUAGCAUAUAAACCAGAUAGGCCUUAAAUUUACACUCUUCUCCCUGAGCCUCCUCCCCAGUGCUAGGGUUACAUUCAUAAGCUUUAACCAUGCCUUCUGAUGAACUUCCAGCCAUACUACACUGAUUCUUUUGAACCACACCAUAAUGGUGUGCACCUGUCAUCCUAGCACUCAGGAGACCAAGGCAGGUAGGUAGAUCACAAGUUUGAGGCCAUCCUGGGCUACAGAGCAAGACCCCCAAACAAAGCAAAAACAUGGCUUCCUUACCUCUUCCCAGCUCUCACAGCACAUUCCCAAGCUUGGAGGAGGAAGGCUCCCAAGUUAUUAGAGCUAGAGUAUGUUUAUAUGUGUGGGAAUGAGUGUGUGGUGGAAAGGACAGAUGCCUCCUUAUGUCACAUUCCUUUGUCAAGGAGGAUUUGUCUAGGGAGGGGACAAGGGCUUUAUAAAGCCAUGGGACUUUAGUGAGACCCAGGAUGGAAGGAAGUGCCUGGAAUAAGAGCCAUCAGUACAGCUGUCGCCGCGCCCCUCCUCGGCAGCCCAUGGACUUCCAGGCCGGCCACUGGGCUCGCGGGCCCCAAAUCCGCACGUGUAGGCCACGCCCGGGAUCCCCUGAACCGCCGCCGCCCCGCCGACCCUGGGCUUCCAGGGUGCUGCAGGAGGCGACCAACUGGCGGGCAGGGCCCCCGGCCGAGGUUCGAGCCCGGGAGCAAGAGAAAAGGAAAGCGGCGUCGCAGGAGCGGGAGGCCAAGGAGACCGAGCGGAAAAGGCGCAAGGCUGGUGGGGCCCGACGGAGUCCCUUGGGGCAGCCUCGCCCCGAGCCCCGGAACGCCCCUCGGCCGGCCCAGCCCGCGGGGCUCCUGGUGUCCUCUCGGCCUGGGCGCCUUGGGCAGGUGGGGCGAGCGCCCCGUCCAUCUGCGCAACCGCAGAGCGACCCAGGGGCGGCGUGCGUGGGGCCCUGGGGGGGGAGGAGGCCAGGGCCCCCCAGCUAUGAGGCCCACCUGUUGCUGAGAGGCGCCUCGGGCACUGCCCCGCGUCGCCGCUGGGACCGGCCGCCCCCCUAUGUGGCUCCACCUUCCUAUGAUGGCCCCCACAGGACCUUGGGGACUAGGCGAGGCCCGGUGCUCCCCCAGGCGCCCAUCUCCUCCACCCCGGCUCCCAACCCUGCCAGGACAGAGGGAGGGUUCACAAAAAAGAGGCUGGAUCCUCGAAUCUACCGGGAUGUCCUCGGGGCUUGGGGUCUCCGACCAGGGCGGGGUCUCUUAGGGGGGGCUGCAAGUGGUGGAGUAGCCAGAGAGAGGCAGGAAUCCGGCAAGGGGGCCGCGGAGAAAAACCUGGGCCUAGCUGCUGCGGGCCAUUCCCAAGCCAAAGGUACUGGUAGGCCGGGCACCGAGACAGCUCCUUCUGGGUCUGCACCUGCACCCCUCAGCCCCCCGCGUCCCUUGCCCCGGUCCAGGCAUCACCCCCAGGGCCCCAGGGAAGGAAGAGAACACACCUGGCUUCCCAAAUGCUGGAUUUCCUCCCCUAAAAAGCAGCCCCCCAGACAUAGCCAGACCCUCCCCAGGCCCUGGGCUCCAGGCGGCACAGGGUGGAGAGAGUCCCUGGUUCAUAGAGGGGGAGCAGGACCCGAAAGCCUGGAGAGCUGGCAGGCAGCCCAGCGCCCCCACACCCUGCCCCGCAGUUCCCAAGGCCGCGCUCGGGGAGAAGGCGUCUUUGUCAUUGAUGCCACGUGCGUGGUGAUAAGGUCCCAGUAUGUUCCGACCCCUCGAGCCCCACAGGUGCAGCUUUUGCCUGCUGGGCAGCCAUGUAUUGUUGAGGAUGGCCCUGGUCAGCCCAAGCCCUGCAAAGAAGAGGAGAGCGAGAGGCCCACGAUUUUACCCUCUGCUUGCCAAAAGCAACUAUCCAGUGGUCGGAUUUUACAACAGCCUGGCACAGGGCACGAAUGUGAAGCUAAGGGAGGGAAUCCAGGGGACUCUUCAAUGGAGGGGCGGUCCUCUGGCAUCUCUGGGCUCCCUGUGGGCGAAGUAAACUUGAGAGAUGCCCCCACUCAGCCAGGUAGCCCAGAUAAUUCAGUCAUAGGCCCAGCGGCUCCGGGAUGUGCCCGCAGCACCAAGGGCUCCGAAGUGGCAGCAGCGGUCCCCAGGCGCAUAGGUGGAGGCUGGGCGCGAACCCCAGGGCCCUAUGCUGGGGCCCUGCGGGAAGCUGUGUCCCGGAUCCGCCGCCACACGGCCCCGGACUCGGACUCAGACGAAGCUGAGGAGCUCAGCGUCCAUAGUGGCUCCUCCGAUGGAAGCGACACAGAAGCCCUGGUUGCUUCCAGUCAGAAUGACAGGACCCUGGCUGAGGCUGGGAAGACAGCAGAACUGAGCAACAAUAUAGACGCCAUCAGCCAAAAGGAGGAGGCCCUGUUUCGGAAGAGGGACACCAAGGGGACCCCACAGGGAAAUAGGGAGAGAGAGUGAGGGAUAUCCUUCUUGCUUUCCCCUGGACCCAUCUAUUGUUGGGCCUGCUGGUCCUCUUUCUUCCCUCCACUUCCUUUCCUCCUCUUCAUUUCCCUACCCAUACCUGUCCCCAUAAUUGAAAUAGAAAGGAAAGGAAGGCAGCAUGUGCCCAUUGUGCUUUUGUUUCAAGACAGGUGGGGGUGAGCAGUACAUUCGGUGUCUGCUAGAUUCAGGGCACACACGGUGCCCUCCGCAGGGGCUGUUGCCCUAAGUGUGGAGCCUGUCCGGGAGGCCCACGCAGGAUCAGGCAGGACAGCAGGAACAGUGGCAACAUCAUGUCAAGGCCUCUGGGCAGGAAGGAGAAGAUAAUGGAGAGAGGGGCUUUGAACCCAGUGACAGAAUGAGAAGGUGACAGGAAACUCCCUAACAGAGAGGGAAAGAGUCUAGAACUGACCAACUAAGCAGGAAGAGGGCUCACCUUAAUGCCACUAGUCUUCAGCUUCAUUUCCGAAUCCACUGAUUGGUUGGUUGACUUUAGACCAAUCAUUUCCCUUUCUAGAAUGUACAAAGAAGACACUCAUGGUCUAUCCAUCUAUCCCUGGAAAGUUAUUUAUUUUAUUUCUUUGAGGAGGGCUUUAUCUCAUCUUCUCCCUUAACAAGGCAGAAGACUGCAUUAAGAAUAAGUGAAUUGAAUCUGAGGUUCCGAGACAGCCUCCUUGUAGUUGCGUUUCAUCCUCAAUUCAGGAGACUCUAGGAUUUAGGAAGACCUGAGUAGGCAAAAGGCUCUUCUCUCUCUCCCAGAUUCCGGUGAGGGCUAGGGCAGGGCAGUAACCCUGUCACCGGUCCCUGGUCUGUAGUAGUCCCAGCUGGGAAGGGAAUACAGCCAGUGAACCCGCUUGAGAACUCCUUAGGCUUUUCUUUUCUACCGCCCCACCCCUCCUCUCCCCGCCUUAGUGAGGGUGGAAUGCAAACAAACGGUGCCCGGAUUCCCCAUCCACGCGGCACCCUCCACUUGACAAGACCCGAGAAUGUCUGCAUCUUUUCCUCUUGGAGAACACAGCCAGGCCCACCCAGGAAAACCAGCCUUAGGAUAGGAGUCCCAAGAAACCUGUAGGUGUGGGAUGUCAUACCCGCUACAGCCACUACGGGGCGCGCGCAGGUCGCGGAUCUCCCGGGUUGCUAGUCCCCGCGUCUCCGCGGUUCCCCGAACAGCCGGUCCAUCCGAGUCCUGUCCCCGGCCUUGUCGCCUCCAGCGCGUGCGCGGCGGGCGCGCGGGGCCGGGCGCAGGCCCCCGGCCUCCUAGACCUCCGGAGCGCCCCCUCCCCCCACCCUCUCUUUUGUGCUCCUUCUCGCCAGCCGGCUUGGGACGCUGACAGACGCUGAAGUCUGGCUUUCCCCCCUCCUCUCCGAUCCUGGAUACCUCCUCUGUCUCUGCCAUGUGAACUUGGCCAAAUCACUUCACCUCCCUGAGCCUCAGUUUCCUCAUCUGUCAAAUGGGGUUUUAUUUUUUAAAGAAACACCUACCUCGCAGGGUUGUUGUGAGGACUUAAUGCGGUAAUGUAUGUGUGUAUAAAGCGCCUUGCACAGUGCCUGGCACACAGUAGGCGCUCAAUAAAUCUAAAGCUUC